AUUCUCAAAUCAUCAAAGCACACCAUCUUUUCAUCUUAUCCCAAUACCAAGCAGAGACAUCAUCAUCAUGCCUGCCUCUGAACCCAGCGACGACUCCGAUCUCGAUGACUUCAUCAUUGACAUUGACAACCUCGAAGCUCAUGGCAUCGGAGUGGCUGAUAUCACAAAAUUGAAAGCCAAUGGCUAUUUCACUAUUGCUGCUGUUCAUGGUGCGACUCGUAGGACUCUGCUCAAGAUCAAAGGAUUCAGCGAAAUCAAGGUUGAGAAGAUCAAGGAGGCUAUUCAGAAAUGUUUGCCAACUGCAAAUGGAUUCAUCACUGCCAUGGAGCUCUGCCAUCAGCGAAAGAAAGUAUUCAAGAUCUCAACUGGUAGUAAGCAAUUUGAUGCUAUCCUGGGAGGUGGCUUCUCAAGCAUGAGCAUCAGCGAAGUAUACGGUGAAUUCCGUUGCGGCAAAACCCAACUCUCUCAUACCAUGUCCGUUAUCGCACAGUUACCCAAAGAAAUGGGCGGCGGAGAAGGGAAAGUCGCGUACAUGGACACCGAAGGAACAUUUCGACCCGAACGUAUUGCGCAGAUUGCUGAACGUUAUGGUCUCGAUGCUGAGUCUACACAGGAGAAUAUUUCUUACGCUCGUGCAUUGAACAGUGAGCAUCAGCUUGAGUUGUUGAAUACGCUUUCGAAGGAGUUUGCUGGGGGUCAAUAUAGACUUCUUGUCAUUGACAGUAUCAUGAACUGCUUCCGUGUUGACUUUUCAGGUCGUGGAGAGCUUGCUGAACGGCAGCAGAAGCUCAAUCAGUUUCUUAUCAGAUUAUCUCAUUUGGCUGAAGAGUUCAAUGUCUGCGUCUUGAUGACAAACCAAGUACAAAGCGAUCCCGGAGCCAGUGCCCUCUUUGCAGGAGCUGAUGGUCGCAAGCCUGUGGGUGGACAUGUUCUUGCUCAUGCCUCAACCACACGAGUCCUUCUUCGCAAAGGUCGCGGUGAUGAGCGAGUUGCCAAGAUUCAGGAUUCACCAGAUUGCCCCGAACGUGAGGCGACAUAUGUCAUCACUAACGGCGGUAUCAAUGAUCCUGAUAAGGUGUGAUGAUUGAUUUGAGGUCCUUGCGGCUUGCCUAUCUAUGAUGAUGUGAUAGAAACGAAUUAGUUAUUCUCGAUUAAUCUUUGAUAGUAAUUUCUGAUGAUGGUUUGUGUAACUCUUGCAAUCGUCAGUCAUUUACAACGGGGCCAAUAUGUGUUAGCCUGCUAUAAUAAGCAAUUGAAUGAUAAUGAGUGGUUCUAUACUCC